ACUCGGCCUAUCCUCGACAGGACGCCAUUCACCCAUCCGGCACUCUUGCGGAGGAAACACCACGGGCCCAUACUAAUCACCACUUCUCUGCCUUUGUGUCCUUCCCCCUUCCCCCUUCCCCCCAGGCACCAUCUCCAUCCCCAUUGUCCCCCCAGGCUGCACUGCGACUCCGCCUUCCUGUGACUCUUCCGAGACGUGCGCCCAAGUCACGCAUACACCCCUUGCGUGUGCCCCUUCCAGCUGCUCCGACUACAAAAACACCUGCUUGCGCCCCCAGCUGCGAGCCCUCUGCAACGAGUGCUCUUACGCUGUUCCUUUGACCACCACCGGCACAGAGCCGGGAGGACAAGAUUCUCUGUCACGUCGCCUUAGUCAAGGUUGAAAAAAGUUCAAAGCCCCCACUACCACUCCGCUUCGCUUGCCUGUUCCGAUCCAUCAAGGACACCCUAUCAGCCAUGCCUUCCUAUCUCCGCUCCAACCCUCGCGCCUACUCCUUCCCUCCAUGGGUCGAGACGUCCGACGACGACGACUCCAGCCAUCUGCCUGACAUCGACGAGGACCCCUUUGCCCACUUCAUCACCCCCAUCACCGACGCUGAGGAUCCCUACGAGCUGUCUCUGAGCGCCGGCAUCGAUGCCGACGAGGGGCCAUGCACCGCAAAGACUACCAAGUUCAGGUCCAACGUCGCUGGCAGGUGGGCUCGCUAUGUCAAGCAGAACCACGCCCCACUCCACAACGUCUAUCACGUGCCAACCAUCUACGAGGAGGACGAAGAGUCCUUCAUGGGGCUUGAUGACGAACGCUUAAACGAUACACCCCAUGUGGUGUCUCAGCUUAGCCCAUCAAGGAACAGCAUUGCUGAGCCAAGUCGAGGCCGUGCCCAGGACCUUGCUACUCGCAAGCAACAGAAUCGUCGCCGCUACUCACGUACACUAUCCGGCCAUCGCCAUUCUUGGCGAGAACCCAGCCCGGAUCUCUUCACUGUAGACGAGUCAGAAGAGGACGAGGGCCCUGUGCUCCGUCGCCCAAAAACCAGAAAAGCAAAAGAUGGUGCCGAACGCCGGAGGUCAUCGACAAGGUCAAAGUCAAGAGCAAGGGCAGACUCAGUGACAGACAUGUCGAGGUGAACAAGGGGAAGGCAUGGCAGGUACCUGCAUCAAGACUGAGUAACAAGAGGCAGUCUGCAUACAUGACAUUUACAGCAUCAGCAUUGGGGAGCAGCAGGGGGUUAUUUUGUUUUUGAUUAUCUAGCAUUGCACGGUGUUGGUAGCUUUUUGUUUCUCAGCGCACACGCGCACAGCAUAAGAAGGCGUUUUUGGUAUACCACGGGACUGUUUUGUCAGGGGAAGUUGCAUUGGGAGGCGUUUACUUGUCAGCAUUUACACCUAUUCUUUUCCAGAUUGCGCAACAGAAGCAGCAUCGGAUCUAAUGAGCAGAUAGAGAGAAGCAAAAAAUCAACAUGGUAUCUCAAGCAUACUCUGUAUUGCAGUCGAC